AUGCAUAGAAAUGGAGAAGCUUUUCCGACACACUUUUGCUUAUUAAUUGUACCGCCUUCUAUUUUUUAUUCCACUUUACUUAAAGUUAUGUCACUUAAUGACGAUUUAUGGCUUUAUGUACCGGGUUGGGUUUUCCCACAUUUGUUUUUUUUUAAGCUGAGUAGAACUCACGUAAAACCAGAAAAAGUUUCAAAACGAAAUUCACAUUUUUUUUCUAUCGAACUGAACUCCAGACGUGCUGCUGGCAAAAAUGAAGAAGAAAAGAAAUUAAUGUCUAAGAAGAAACUUUUUCCUACACUUUUCUGA